CUUAGAGGACUCUUCAGCUGGAUCUGGGAGUGGCCUCCAAAUGACAUAGACUGGACUCCACAUGGCUUCCCUCACUCUCCUCCUGCCAACCAGGACCUCCUCCAAACCCAGGACCCUGGGAAGCUUGUUUCCUUUUAAAUUCCAUCUUGCCUCCAAAAAGUCUCCAACAAAGUCCCACUUAAGCUCUUAGUCCACCAAGUCACUCAUGUAGGGUCCCACUAGUCUUCCAUCGCCCUCCUCCAGCUUUCCUCUAGAUUUUGCCUAAUCUACUUCCUUUACUCUUUACCAUUCCCUUGUGACCGCCUCCUGAGGGCCCUGCCUCCUGAGGACCCCGCCUCUGGAGGGCCCUGCCUGUCUAAGGCCCUGCCUCUCAUGGGCUCCACCUCCAGAAGGCCCUGCCUUGGGAUGCCCCAACUCCCUGUGGGCCCAGCUAAGCUCCACUCCUGGUCCUGACUCUGCUUGGGUAAACUUCCCUCUCCCUGGGUUUUACUUACCCUUUCUUUCAGGUCUUCCUCCUCUGGGGUAGGAAAAGCACCUGGCAUUAUGGAAGAAUAACACAUAUAAGAUGAAAUACGAAGCAUCAGCUUUCAAGCCUGAGCAAUAGAACUCAGCAGUGACAACCCAACUUGGCUUAACUGAGACUCAGUGAACCCAGCUCCAGACUCUCGGCUCUCCACACUUCCUGCAGCUCUCUGAUCCUAGAAUCUUCAACUCCAGCUACAAUGCUGAGUCAGGCACUUUUCAGAUUUGGUCAAAAGCUGCUACGCAGACGUCAGCUGGAACAUUUGGUGACUGAGGAUGUCCCAUGCAGAAGACUGAACACUCUGGAUUUAGUGGCCCUGGGUGUGUGCUCUACAGUGGGUGCAGUUAUAUAUGUCAUAGCUGGUGAAGUGGCUAGAGAUAAAGCCGGACCAUCCAUUGUGAUCUGCUUUUUGGUGGCCGGCCUAACUUCUGUGCUGACGGGGCUGUGCUAUGCAGAGUUUGGUGCCCGUGUUCCCCAUUCUGGCUCUGCAUAUCUCUACAGCUAUGUCACUAUAGGUGAACUCUGGGCUUUCAUCACUGGCUGGAACCUCAUCUUUUCCUAUGUUGCUGGUACAGCCAUUGUGGUCUUUGCCUGGAGCUUAGCUUUUGACAACCUGUUUGGGAACCAGAUCUCUCAGACCCUGCAUGAAAACAUCUUACUGCAUGUUCCCCAGGUCCUUGCAGAAAUUCUAGGCUUCUGUGUUGUGGCCCUUGUGUUGUUGCUUAUCGGAUUGCUGACUCUGAGGGCUAGAGAGUCAGGACUGUUUACCAAAGUAGUCACAUUGGUGAGCCUUUUAGUUCUCAGUUUUGUCAUCAUCUCUGGUUUCAUUAAGGGGGACCUGCACAACUGGAAGCUCACAGAAGAGGACUACGUAAAGGCUGGACUCAAUGACACCUCAAGCUUGGGGCCUCUGGGAACUGGAGGAUUUGUGCCUUUUGGCCUCAAUGGGAUUCUCCAUGGAGCAGCUACCUGUCUGUAUGCAUUUAUAGGUUUUGACAACAUUGUUACCAGAGUUGAAGAAGCCCAGAACCCCCAGCGUUCCAUCCCUAUGGGCAUUGUGAUUUCACUGUUCAUCAGCACUUUGAUGUAUUUUGGUGUCUCUUCAGCACUUACACUUAUGGUUCCUUACUACCAGCUUCAACCUGGGACCCCCUUGCCUGAUGUAUUUCACCAUAUUGGCUGGGCCCCUGCCUACUAUGUUGUAGCUUUUGGAUUUUUCUGUAGUCUUUCUGCCAGCCUCUUGGGCUAUAUGUUCCCCAUACGUCAGCUGAUAUACAUGAUGGCAAAGGAUGGCCUCCUGUUCUCUGUCCUUGCCAGGAUCCAAACUGGCACAUACAUCCCCAUAAUGGCCACUGUGAUCUUUGGCAUUAUCGCAGCAAUCAUGGCAUUCUUCUUUGGACUCACUGAUCUUCUGGACUUCAUGUCAAUUGGGACACGGCUAGCUUACUCCCUGGUGGCCUUUUGUGUUCUCAUCCUCAGGUAUCAGCCUGAGGUGAAGAAAGGGGGAAAUGAAGCAGACGUGCAGGAUGAGAGUGGACCUGCAGAAGAGAAGCUGACUCUACAGGGACUACUUUUUCCAGGCAGCUCCACCCCCACUCCACUCUCUGGCCGGGUUGUCUAUGUUUGCUCCUCACUGCUUGCUCUGCUGCUAAUUCUUCUUUGCUUGGUGCUGGCCCAGUGGCCAAUUCUGCUUUCUGGAGAUGCAGUGUGGAUUUCAUUGGUUGUGCUGCUCCUGGUGCUCAUCACUGGGAUCACUGGGGUCAUCUGGAGACAGCCGCAGAGCUCCAGUCCCCUUCCCUUUAAGGUCCCUGCUCUGCCUCUCCUCCCACUACUGAGUGUCUUUGUGAAUGUUUACCUUAUGAUGCAGAUGACAGCUGGCACCUGGGCCCCAAUUGGUUUCUGGAUGCUGAUUGGGUUUGCUCUCUACUUUAGCUAUGGGAUCCAAUACAGCCUGGUUGCUGAAUCCCACUUAAGUUAGUGCUACACUGUAGAACUUGAACUCAGGAAUGCAGUACAUAUUUGUUUUGACAUCAUCACACUUGAAUGCAGUCCGGUCCCCUGCACAAUAAUGGUGAAUACUUUUGGGCACAUGGAAAGCUAGGCCUCCCAUGGCAUGUUGUUUGGGGGAACAUGAAUAGAGUUGUGUAUUUAUUGUGGAGCAAAGAAUAUGUCUUUACAUUUCCUCCCCCCUCUUUGUUUUUACUUGUUUCAUUAUCAGUUGCAUCCAUAAUUGCUUACCGGCUUUAAAAAAUUUUAUUAAAAUAAACUAGAAAAGGUGUUUUUGUUUUCCUUGGAUAAAUAUCCAGUUGUUGAAAUAGUGUAUUUAUGGUAGUUCUAUUUUACUUUUUUGGGGAACUUCAAUACUCUUUUCCACAGUGGCUGCACCAAUUUACGUUCCCAAUAACAGUGUACAAGUGUUCCUUUUUCUCCACUUCCUCUCCAACACUUUUUAUUUGUGUUUUGAUUUUAGCCAUUCUGACAGGUAUAAAGUGAUAUUUCAUUGUAGUUUUAAUUUACAUUUCCCUGAUGAUUAGUGAUGCUGAGCAUAUUUUCAUAUGUCUGUUGGCCAUCUGUUUGUCUUCUUUCCAAAAAUGUCUAUUUAAUUCUUCUGCCCAUUUUAAAAUUGGCCUGUGUGUGUGUGUGCAUGUAUGUAUAUGUACAAAUACAAACAACGGGAUACUACUUAGCCAUAAAAAAAACAUGAAAUCUUGCCAUUUGUAACAACAUGAAUGGACAUACAGUAUACAAGUGUAAGUGAAAUGUUAGUCUGAGAAAGACAAAUGCUAUAUGAUUUAACUUUUAUAUGGAAUUUAAGAUAUAAAACAAAAAAACAGACAAAAAAGAGAGACAAGCAAAUAAAAAAAAAUCCAAGACUCUUAAACACAAUGAACAAACUGGUGGUUGCCAAAGUGGAGGUGGGUAGGAAAAUGGGUGAAAUAUAUAAAGGGAAUUAAGAGUGCGCUUAUCUUGAUGCUCCUGAGAAAUGUGUGGAAGUGUUGGAUCAUUAUAUAGUACACCUAGAGUAAUAUAAUGACACCGUAUCUUAACUAUUCUUCAAUAAGAAAGAGAAAAAGAUGAAAUAAAAAGAUGAAAUCUGAACUGUGCCCUUAAGGAGCUUAUAUUCUAGUACAGGAGGGAAAGCAUAGCUGUAACACAAAAGAGUGUGGUAUCAUAAGUAAUAUACAAAUAAAGUGCCUUGGGAAUUCAGAGUGGAGAUUGAUCUUUUGUGGCUGGCACAGUGGUGAGGUUUGGUGAAAUCAGAAGACUUUGUAGAGGAAUGGCAUUUAAAUUGGCUCUCUCCAAGAAAAGAUAGGAUUUUGCUACAUGGCAGCAGGGAGAGAUUGUAGACACAGAGAACAACACUAGGAAAAGCCCAG